ACGUCAAACGUCAUCGUCAAACGUCAAACGAUAGCGAAUGUCAAAUUUUGUUGAAGAAGAAUAGCGGUCGCAGCCACAUCAGCAACUACCAGGAAGCGUUUGGGUGAAUCCAACACAAAUAUUUACUUUGUACGGUACAACAACGAGCAAUUGUUUAGUGGUAUCACCAUGGCGAUAAAACCAGGCAUGGGACGUAAGUCCAGCAGUAAAAAUCCACCAAUUUUUAGUCAUGAAUUUGUUAUACAAAAUCAUGCGGACAUUAUAUCCUGCGUGGCCAUGGUAUUCGUUGUGGCACUAAUGGAUGAAUCGACAUCACCAUUUGCCAGCGCCUUCAUCUCGCUACAUCACAAUGUGACCGGAGAGGAGCCCAGCCGCGAAAAUCCACACGGUAAGCCAUUUAGCUACGUGGCAGGCAUCAAGGAUUAUUGUGCUAUCUUCUUUUAUACGCUAACAUGCAUUAUUAUGCACGCCAUCAUACAAGAGUAUGUAUUAGAUAAAGUUUCGAAAAGGCUGCAUCUUUCCAAAUUCAAACUUUCGCUAUUUAAUGAAUCUGGUCAAUUGAUUGUUUUCUACGUGUUUUCAUUCUUCAUGGGUGCCAAUGUCAUUUUGCGUGAGGGCUACUUAAGUAAGUUUUCGCUGUUGUGGGAACAAUUCCCUAACCAUCCAAUGUCGUUCCUGCAUAAGCUGUUCUUCAUCAUUCAACUGGCUUACUACUUACAUAUGCUUCCCGAGCUUUAUUUCCAGAAGGUGAAGAAAGAGGAUCAACAGAGUAAAAUCAUUCAUUCCAUUUGCGGUUUUUCUGUCAUCUGCUUGGCCUAUACAUUCAGUUUCCAGCGCAUUGCAUUAGUGCUGUUGACCUUGCACUAUUUAGGUGAAAUAGUGUCGCACGUUUUCCAACUUAUUGGUGUCUUCGAUCGUGAUGAGAAACUCGCCAGUGUACGUUUCGUCAAUAAUGUGACUUUCGUAUUUGUACGCUUCGCUACAAUGGUAAUUGGUGUGCUGACAUUGUACUAUGGUGUUGCCACGGAAACGGUGCUACGCGCCUAUGCAGCACUUGUCGGCCUAAUGGUGUUACAAGGCUAUCUAAUAUAUUCCUUCAUUACUGAGGAACUGCGCGCAACGCGCGAAGCUAAGCGUGAAGCUAAACAACAUCAGCAACAGCAGGCGAAGAAGUCAAAGGCGGCGAAGGAAAAGGCGAAAAAGAAGAAGGAGAGUGACUUGCCAGAGGCUGAUCAGAGUCCCAGUCCCGCGAAGGCGAAGGCCAAGUAAGCAUUCUAUGGUGAGUGCCUAACAAACUACGUCCACCAACAACAACAAAAACAUUAACAAUAACAAGUUUGUCGAUCAUGCGGAUGAGCAUCUUUCCAUAAUUACCAGCUCAUUUAAAUAAUUGUACAACUAAGAUUUCGAGUUUUUCGAACAUAAGCACUUUUAGUGCUAGAUUUUAGGUUUUCUACAGUCACACAUACAAACAUACACAUUUCCAUGAACGGAUUGCGGUUUUGAGUUGUGUAUAGUAGGAGAAGGGAAAGCGAUGAAUGAAUGCAUUUACAUACAUACUUAACAACCAAAUUUCAUUGCAACUCAAAGCCAGAUUGUGUGCAAGCAAUCCAAACAAAAAUCAAAAGCUUCUUCAAGCCAACGCCAACGCCGCCGCUGCCGCUGUAGCUGCAUCUGAGGCAUAUUUUUAAAUAUAAUUAAAGCUUAGUUAUUUUCAUUUUAUUUUUGUACUGUUUAUAUGAACGUUUUCACAAAUUUGUUUCUAUGAAAAACAAAAAAAAAAAAUUAUAAAAAAUUUAUAUACUAUGAAACAUAGUGCAAUGUAGCCACUGCUGCUCCUUUUCUACUAAGCAUCUAUAUUAAAUAAUUAUUUGAAUUUACACUGAAAUUCUUCCAACACAACAUGUAAAACCUAUUUAAAGAGUAAAAAACAACAAAAGUAAAUAUUUAAAACUUAACGAAAUAGUUAUGUAUGCAUGAGUAAAAUCUACGAAAAUUACAAUUCAAAAUACACUCCGCUAAAAGUAAGACGUUUGAGACUGACAUAAGCUCAACUUGCAAAUUCCGCAAACAUGUAUUGCGAUACACACACUGAACCAUGACAAAGUUAAUACAUAUAAAAUUAUAA